AAAAACCGUAGACGUUUGCUGUAAAAAAAAAAAAAAAAAAAAAAGGAAAAAACACCACAAAGCUCGUCACUCCGCUACCGACCACUCACAUCACAAGUCACAACCUCCGCCUUGAGAUGAGAGCCGCCGCCGCCGCCACCGCCACCGUGAGUCUUCGACAUUUCCGCAGCUUCCCUACUAUUGUCCCAUCUCUUCUCUUCUCCUCCUCCUCCUCCAUACCUUUUCACUCCCCCCGUCUCUGCGUCUUCCUCCGCCCUCGCCAACUCUUCCUUAACCGUCCACUCGCCGCAAGUUUCAGUUCCUCUUCAUCAGGUGCUACCUCUGAUUCGACCUACGACGUUAUUGUUGUUGGUGCCGGACACGCUGGAUGCGAAGCGGCUUUAGCCUCUGCUCGAUUAGGAGCUAGUACUCUGCUUCUCACAUUAAACCUCGAUCGAAUAGCUUGGCAGCCGUGUAAUCCAGCAGUAGGUGGACCAGCUAAAUCACAAUUAGUACAUGAAGUUGAUGCACUUGGUGGUGAUAUUGGCAAAGUUGCUGACAGAUGCUAUUUACAGAAGCGUAUUUUGAAUGUCUCAAGGGGUCCUGCUGUAAGAUCGUUACGUGCUCAGACUGACAAAAGAGAAUAUGCUACGGAGAUGAAAAAGAUAGUGGACAGCACCGAAAAUCUCUGUAUUAGAGAGGCAAUGGUAACAGAUAUCAUAGUUGGGAAGAAUGACAACGUGGAAGGCGUGGCCACAUUUUUCGGGAUGAACUUUUAUGCACCUUCUGUUAUUCUUACCACUGGAACCUUUAUGAGUGGGAAGAUUUGGGUCGGUAAAAAGUCUAUGCCAGCAGGAAGAGCUGGCGAGUCAGCUUCACAAGGACUGACAGAGAAUUUGCAGAAACUUGGAUUUGAAACUGAUCGCUUAAAGACUGGUACUCCAGCGCGUGUGGAUCGCCGGACUAUAGACUUUUCCAAUUUGGAGGCUCAACAUGGAGACGAAGAGGUCAGCUGGUUUAGUUUCGACCCAGAUUUUCACAUUGAGAGAGAGCAAAUGUGCUGCUACCUAACUCGCACAACAAAGAUUACACACCAAUUGAUCAGAGAUAAUUUGCAUGAGACCCCAACUUAUGGUGGAUGGGUUGAAGCAAAAGGUCCUAGGUACUGCCCUUCCAUUGAAGACAAGAUUGUUAGGUUCAAAGACAAAGAGUCUCAUCAAAUAUUCCUCGAACCAGAGGGCCGAGAUGUUCCUGAGAUCUAUGUGCAGGGAUUUUCAACUGGCCUGCCAGAGAAUCUCCAGUUGCCACUUCUAAGAAGCUUGCCAGGACUUGAAAAUUGCUCCAUGCUUAGGCCUGCCUAUGCUGUUGAGUAUGAUUAUUUGCCAGCUCAUCAGUGUUCCAGGUCCCUUAUGACGAAGAAGAUUGAAGGUCUUUUCUUCUCUGGACAGAUCAACGGCACAACUGGUUAUGAAGAGGCUGCUGCACAGGGUAUUAUAUCUGGAAUCAAUGCUGCCAGACAUGCAGACGGUAAGAAACACGUUGUUCUUGAGAGGGAAAGCAGUUAUAUAGGUACGUUGAUUGAUGAUUUAGUCACAAAGGAUCUCAGAGAGCCAUACCGCAUGCUAACAAGCCGUUCAGAACAUCGGCUUCUUCUUCGAUUUGAUAAUGCGGAUAGUCGACUAACGCCUCUGGGGCGUGAACUUGGAUUGAUAGAUGAUAGACGAUGGAAGUUAUACCAAGAGAAGCAAGCAAGGAUUUCAGAAGAGAAGAAGAGACUGAAAACUGUCAAGAUUUCAGUUGCAGUAGGUGAUUUGGCUGCCGAAGUUUCUAGUGUGUCUUCUCAGCCAGUCAAAGAAUCAGCGACACUAGAGAGUCUCCUAAAGAAACCACAUAUCCACUACAAGCUUCUUGAGAAGCAUGGCUUUGGAAAUGAAACAUUAUCUAGAAUGGAGAAAGACUGUGUAGAGAUCGAUAUAAAAUAUGAAGGUUUCAUUGUUCGCCAGCAAAACCAACUGCAGCAGAUGGUCCACCAACAACAUAGACGACUUCCAGACGAUUUGGAUUACUAUUCGAUGACAACUCUAUCCCAUGAAGGGCGUGAAAAACUUUCAAAGGUGAGACCAGAGACGAUCGGGCAGGCAAGCAGAGUGGGUGGAGUCAGUCCUGCCGACAUAACAGCUCUGCUCAUAACACUUGAAUCAAACCGAAGAAGAACUCAAGAUGUGAAGAGAGGGAAAAUAUUGGAACAUGCCUUGGCAGAAUCCAAUCCACAGUGGGUAGAAGAUAGGGAGCAUGUGGUUAAUGAGUGAUUAAGAAGUCGUACAGUGUAGCAUCAACUCUCCAAUGAUUUUGAUCAACCUUGCAUGCAUUCUCUCGAAUGGCAAAAAAAAAGUGGCUAUUGUUGCGAAAAUACAAGUCACCCAAACAAAAGAGAAAUACUUGCUUGUGUGUAACCGUAUCGCUGUUAUUUUGUAUGAUUCUUCUUUUGUUCAACUUCCUUUUUAAGAAAACAACAAAGAGGAAGAAAUAGUAUCUACUAAUAACAUGGCUUUCGUUUCUUGUAUCUCUUUAGCUAGUCUCCUACCUCUUCUAAUACGAAUAACUCCAUCUAAGACAAGAGACUGCAUGUGUACUAUUCAUGUUCGUGCAACUAACUUAUGUUUUCAUCAUACAACACGCUCUCCCAACACAUGGGUGUCCAGAUUAUGAACAAAACUAGAUAUUGUACCGUGCGUGGAUAU